CCCUGGCCGUCACUUCCGACAAUGAAUCUACAGAAAGACUUGGUCUGAUUAAAGUCAGGCGAUAGUUCUUAAAAUGGAGGCGCAGCCCGAGGUGGGUGAAAGAAGCCCGUUGUUGAAUGCGGAUCGUGGAAGUUUGCAGAUGACCCCAAGAUUUGGAGUGCAUUGGACAGUGAGGAGGAUUAUCAGAACUUGCAGUGUGAUCUGGACCAGCUGGAAAAAUGGGUGAAGGCAUUCCAAUUGAGUUGCUGCAGGAAAAUCGAAGUCGCUGGAGGUCAAUCCGGGUCAUGUAUCUUACUAUGUUUUUCAGCAGUAUAGGUUUCUCAAUUGUCGUCUCUUCAAUUUGGCCAUUUCUACAAAAGGUGGAUAAGACUGCAAAUGCAACUUUUCUUGGAUGGGUUAUUGCAGUUUACAGCUUGGGGCAGAUGAUUGCAUCUAUACUGUUCGGUGCAUGGUCCAACUACAGGCCAAGAAGGGAACCUCUUGUUAUCUCAAUUUUGAUUAAUGUAGCAGCAAACAUACUGUAUGGCUAUGCACAUGCCCCACCAUCUCAUAAUAAGUACUAUAUGCUGUUUGCACGAGCGUUUGUUGGAUUUGGAGCAGGAAAUGUGGCUGUGGUACGAUCAUAUGUUGCUGGUGCAACAUCACUUCAAGAAAGGAACAGUGCAAUGGCUAAUAUAAGUGCUUGUCAAGCUCUGGGAUUUAUACUAGGACCAGCUUUGCAGACUGCCAUGAUAAGCAUUGGGCAGACGGGGGUCUCUUGGAAGGUGAUUGACCUUGAGUUGAACAUGUACACUGCACCAGCUUUUCUGGGAGCUUUCCUAGGAAUUGUAAACAUCAUUUUUAUUAUUGCAGUAUUCAGGGAACACCAUGUUGAUGAGUUGAGUGGAGCAAAAUGUAUAAAUGGCAACAUCCAAGGAACUUCGGAGAUGCGUGAAAAUUCUGAUGGGGAUAUUGAUCUGGUCGCAGUUGUAACGUGCAACAUCCUGUUUUUCAUCAUUUUCUUUGCAUUUGCCAUUUUUGAAACCAUAGCCACCCCAUUAACCAUGGACAUGUAUGCAUGGACUGGUAAGCAGGCUGUCCUCUACAAUGGGCUUCUGCUGGUGGGUGUUGGUGUAGAGUCCAUUGUUGUUUUUAUGACAACAAAAAUUCUUUCAAAAAGACUUGAGGAUCGUCUAUUGCUGCUUAAAGGAUUUGUUAUCAUUUUUGUUGGCUUCUUUAUUUUGUUACCAUGGGGAAAUCAGUAUCCACAAAUUCAGUGGACAGAGAUUAAGAAUGGCUCCAACUACAGUUCUGCUGACAUAUAUGGUGAACCUUCCAUAGUUGCAUGGAAUUUCUUAUCACGGUCUUCAGACAGUGUCGAUGCAGUAGGAUGCCCUGUGCAGCAAGAAUGGUGUCAACAUAUACCUAUUAUCCAUCUAGCUCAAUACAUCGUAUCUGUUAUUCUAAUCGGAGUUGGAUACCCUGUCUGUAAUGUUAUAUCCUACACCUUGUAUUCUAAAGUUUUAGGACCAAAGCCCCAGGGUACAUAUAUGGGCUGGCUAACAGCCUCUGGAAGUGGAGCACGCACACUUGGACCAGCUUUUGUUGGGCAGGUUUAUCCUCGUUAUGGACCCCGGUGGACAUUUGGCCCCCUAUGUGGGAUGGUGAUGGCAGCUACAAUACUUGUUGUACUAAUGUAUAAAAGACUCGUAGGGUUUUCAGUCCGGUCUCUGACCCUACAACGAUGAUUAACUUUAAGGAAUGCAAAACAAAAUUAUGGAUUUUACCUGAGUACAAAAUUAAAUUGCACUUUAUAAUUUUUUUAUCUACUGAAGCUAAUAGUUAUGGGGUUUAACUAUAACUACUCUUUCUAAACAUAAUUUACUUGACUUUGUUCUAAAUCAACACUAUUCACAUUCUGCUGUAUAUAAUUCUAAUGUUAAUAUGAUAUAUAUUUUUAAAACCUAAUUUUGAGAUAACAAAUAUAGGAAUAUUUUGAGCUUUAUUUUUGUGUGGGGUGUUACGAACCCCAUAACUGGGUCACUUACCAGCAAAGAUGGAGACGUCCGUUGAAGUCUGAUGAUACUAUUUUUAACAGUAUUUAUUAGUAAAAAUACACAAAAAUAGUAUCAAUGCAAAUAUACAGAUAAUAUAUGUCGUCAGUACUAAAUCUAAAAGUGCGGGUAUAAUAAUAAUAAUAAGAAAUAAGCUUUAUCGUUGUCUAGGGGAUAAUGUAUUGUCCGAUAGAAAUAUAAAGUUCACUCAGUUCAUGCAGCAGGCUGCAGCCGCUGGGGACCGCUGUGUUGCAAUGGUUGGCGAGAGAGAGAGAGAGAGAGAUUUGGAGAAAAACUUGCCAGCUUUCCUUUUAUGAUUUCGAUCCGUCAGGAGUCUCGUUGUUGUGGCCUUUCACUUGUGGCCUCUCCUUUAGCUAAACUGUUCUUCCGUGGUGAGCCCGCCACCCAGGCAAGGGAGGACGCACACGAGCCCCCACUGGCUUUUGCUAUAAAAUGCUGUCGCUGGAUCGCCAGCGUUUCUCCUGGUGCGUCUAAAGGGGUUGUUCCCCAGACCCUUUUAUCCUUACUUACUGGGUCUCAGCUGUCAAUCAGGUUGGGAUGAUGCAAUCCCCCAACCAGACCACUCUGGUUGUCCCUUGAGGGUUUUCAAUGAAGAGUACAGUACUCAGUAUACAAUUCCGUUUCCAAGAGACAAUAGCCGUUAUCAGUGGUUCCGUUUCGCUGAGGUCAGGACACAUUCCAAACCUUGUGUAUUCUGGUUGUCUCUUUCUCAUUUCCUGGGUCUCAGACCUGAAUUAAUAGCGAUCUUGCGAUUCUCAAAAAGGAGGGGGCGACUUUGUACCCUUUGGCCCCUCAGAGUUGCUUCACAUUCAUAACAGGGGAAAAGAAAGUUAUCCUUUCAGUCUAUGGGUGAUUUAUUAAGUCAAUGUGAAAGAGGUAUGCUUGGUGCAUGGUUGCUAUAUGUACAGUAUAUCCAAUGCUGAAAGGGUUUGGUUUUGCUGUAAAAUUUAGACACUCACCCUCACAUAAAAGUUAAUCAAAUAUGCAUUUAAGCCCAGCUCUGCUCAACUUAGUUACAGCCAAACAGGUAGGUGCACGGUAGCAGUAAGUGAAAAAUUGAUUUUAAUGUAAGGAUUUUAUCCAAUCCUUUGUGUAUUGGAUAAUCAGAAAUUGAAUGUGUACAUAGCUCAGUUAUAUGGAGACGAGGUUGUUUCUUUUUCCUGCUGUUGUGAAUGCUGCUUAAAGCUCAAAAUGAAUUUAUUGUUUAGUUUAUAUUAAACAUGUCACAUUAUAC